AUGUCACAUGAAGAAUCUAUUUAUAGGUCAGCUCCAAUGACCUAUGUUCAAUUAUAUAUUCCGUUAGAGACUUCAAAAGAAGUGGUGUCACUAUUUGGUAGACUGGGGAAUAUUAUGUUCAGAGAUAUGAACACUCAAUUAAACUCAUUCCAAAGAGGCUAUGUGUCUCAAUUGAGGAAAUAUGAAGACAUUGAAAGAUUAGUUACUUAUUUGAAAGAUAUUUCCAAGAAAUAUUCUGGUGCCACUUGGAAAUACUUCUUACAUUAUAAUGAAGAAGGUAAUGAGAUUGUCCAACCUGAUUUGAAUACAAAUUUGUAUCAGACCCUUGAUAGAAUUAAUCAAGAAAACAUCAACGAAUUAAUUCAUGAUAUACAGGGUUUUGAAUUGAGAGUUAGACAAUUGAAUGACUCUAUGGAUGAUUUACAAUUAAAAUUGAACAACUUCAUUGAACAGAGACACGUAUUUUUUCAAUGCAGAAGAUUUCUUGAGAUCAACCCUGGCAUUGUCGGUAGAAUAUCAAGAGAAAGAAGAGAUAGACUCGACGUAGAUGACUUUAGAUUGAAUAGUACUGAUGAUAUUAAUAAUGCAGAUGCUAUUAGUGAAACUUUAAGUGAUGCAUUUUCCUUCGAUAAUCCUACUCAACAAUUGACUACAUAUCAAGAUACAAAUAAUAUUGAUGAAUUUAGUGAUGAUAAUUAUGGAUUUCUUGAACAAGGAUUACAUGACAAAUUUAUGAUUGCUGGGUCGAUCAAUAGAACUAAAGUAGAAAUACUCAAUAGAAUACUUUGGAGAUUAUUACGCGGUAAUUUAUAUUUCCAAAACUUCCCUAUUGAAGAACCGUUGAUUGAUGAUUCAGCCAAAAAUUCUAAUGAAAAAAUUGAAAAGGAUUCUUUUAUUAUUUUUACACACGGUGAAACCCUUUUAAAUAAGGCAAAAAGAGUCAUUGAUUCCCUGGAUGGGAAAGUGUAUCCCUUACGAAAUACAAAUAGUCAAACAAUUAAUCAAUUGAAUGAUAGAAUUUCAGAAUUACAACAAAUUGUAACAACUACUGAACAAACUUUGCAUACUGAAUUAUUAGUUGUUAAUGAUCAACUGCCAUUAUGGUCUGCUCUCGUGAAAAGAGAAAAAUAUAUUUAUGCAACCUUAAAUUUAUUUAGAAGAGAAUCGCAUGGUUUAGUCGCAGAGGGUUGGAUACCUUCAUCAGAAGUCACUCUCGUAUCGAACUCAUUAAAAGAUCAUUCCGAAUCCAUUGGUUCUGAAUAUACACCAGUGUUGAAUAUUAUCAAGACAAAUAAGUCUCCACCUACUUAUUAUCGUACAAAUAAAUUUACUAAAGGGUUUCAAGCUAUUGUGGAUGCCUAUGGGGUUUCCACUUAUAGAGAAAUCAAUCCAGGGUUAGCAACAAUCGUUACAUUCCCAUUUUUAUUUGCCAUUAUGUUUGGUGAUACAGGUCAUGGGUUUAUUUUAUUCUUAAUUGCCAUAUACUUCAUUAUCAAUGAAUCAAAAUUUGAUAACAUGAGAAGAGAUGAAAUAUUCGAUAUGGCUUACUCAGGUAGAUAUGUCCUUGUAUUAAUGGGUGGGUUCUCCAUUUAUACAGGUAUAUUAUAUAAUGAUAUUUUUUCAAAGUCAAUGACUUUAUUCAACUCUGGCUGGAAAUGGCCUGAGCAUUUUAAAGAAGGUGAUGCAAUUGAAGCAACUCAGAUAGGUGUUUAUCCAUUUGGUUUAGAUUGGGCCUGGCAUGGUACUGAUAAUUCUUUACUGUUUACAAACUCUUAUAAGAUGAAAUUAUCAAUCUUAAUUGGUUUUAUUCAUAUGACUUAUUCUUUUUGCUUUUCCUACAUUAAUUAUAAAAAUAACAACUCAAGAGUUGAUAUCAUUGGUAACUUCAUUCCAGGUUUAAUAUUUAUGCAAUCUAUUUUUGGUUAUUUAUCCAUAACAAUCGUCUAUAAAUGGUCGAAAGAUUGGAUUAAAGAUGGUAAGCCAGCUCCAGGUUUAUUGAAUAUGCUAAUUAAUAUGUUUUUAUCUCCUGGUGUAAUUGAUGAGCAAUUAUAUCCUGGCCAAGGUAUUAUACAAAAGCUCCUAUUGAUUUUUGCUUUAGUUUGUGUGCCAUGGCUCUUAUUAUAUAAACCCUUAACUUUAAGAAAACAAAACUCAAGAGCCGUUCAAUUAGGCUAUCAAGAUAUCAAUGAUCAAAGAAUUAACGAAUCAAUUUUAGACUCACAAGCAACAGCAGGCGAUGAAAUGAUAAUUACUGAUUUUUCCACAAAUGAAACAAGUAAUGAAAAUGCUGGUAGUUAUGAUGAUAAUGAAAAUAAAGAUGAGCCAAAAGGAUUCCAAUUUGGUGAUGUAAUGAUCCAUCAGGUAAUCCAUACUAUUGAAUUUUGUUUAAAUUGCAUUUCUCAUACCGCCUCAUAUUUACGUCUGUGGGCUUUAUCCUUAGCUCAUGCACAAUUAUCAACUGUUCUAUGGGACAUGACAAUUUCAAACGCAUUUUCUUCAAAAAAUUCAGGUUCCCCAUUGGCAGUAGCUAAAGUUGUGUUUUUAUUUGGUAUGUGGUUUGUGUUAACCGUCUGUAUUUUAGUUCUUAUGGAAGGUACUUCUGCUAUGCUUCAUGCUUUACGUCUAAUUUGGGUUGAAGCCAUGUCUAAAUUUUUUGAAGGUGAAGGUUAUGCAUAUGAACCAUUCACCUUUGCUCAUUUAGAAGACGAUGAUGAACAAUAA